AUGGAGAACAGUACCGAGGUGACUGAGUUCAUUCUUGUAGGCUUAACUGAUGACCCAGACCUCCAGAUCCCGUUCUUCGUUGUCUUCCUUCUCAUCUACCUCAGCACCGUGUUGGGGAACCUGGGGAUGGUCACCCUGAUUCUGCUGGACCCUCAUCUCCACAUACCCAUGUACUUCUUCCUCAGUCACCUCUCCCUGGUGGACUUGGGUUAUUCUUCAGCAGUCACUCCCAAGGUGAUGGCAGGGCUCUUCUCAAGAGACAGAAUCAUGUCUCACACGGCUUGUGGCACCCAGUUCUUCUUCUUUGCAGGCUUCAUCACCAUUGAAAGUUUUCUCUUGGCUACGAUGGCCUACGACCGCUGUGUAGCAGUGUGUCAACCACUGCAUUACACCACCAUCAUGACCACAAACACGUGUGCUUGUCUCACCAUAGGCUCCUAUGUCUGUGGCUUCCUGAAUGCCUCCAUCCACACAGGGAACAUCUUUAGGCUCUCCUUCUGCAAGUCCAAUGUGGUUGACCACUUUUUCUGUGAUGCCCCUCCUCUCCUGGCACUCUCAUGCUCAGACACCUCUGUUACUGAGAUUGUUAUUUUUUCUGUAGUGGGUUUCAAUGACAUAUUUUCUAUUGUCAUCAUCCUGAUCUCCUACCUGUUUAUAUUCUUCACCAUCCUGAGGAUGCGAUCAUCUGAAGGACGGCAGAAGGCCUUUUCAACCUGUACUUCUCACCUCACUGCUGUCUCCAUCUUUUAUGGGUCAGGCAUCUUCAUGUACUUACAGCCCAGCUCCACUCACUCCAUGGGCACUGAUAAGGUGGCAUCUGUCUUCUACACUAUGGUCAUCCCCAUGUUGAACCCUCUUGUCUACAGCCUGAGAAACAAGGAGGUUAAGGCUGCUUUUCAAAAGGUUCUGGGAAAAGCAAAAUCUUCCAUUGCAUUCAUAUUUUAA